CAGUCCCGUCAUUGGGAGCUCAAUUGAAUGAAGCUUUGAAGAUAGAACAAAACAGACGAAGAAGAACGUGACGACGACAGAGAAAGAGGAAGUGGAGGAGGAGGAGAAGAAAGAGGAGAGAAUUUUAAAGAAUAAAACUGUUUACUUGCGAUCAGGAUCAAAAGGAGGGAGAUAGUUGCAGUAAUGCCCGUCAUCGCCGGAGGACUCGCCGGAGCGGAGUUAGAGGUGGACCCUACAAUCCCCGCUUUCAAAUCCUGGGCCGCCCGUAGGUGACGCUCUGUUGCUAACGCCAUCGCCAAGUUCAUCCCUGAAUCAGAGGAGGCGAGCAAAAAGGGGGGAAAGGGAAGAGAGGAAGGAGGAAGGAGGGAGGAGACUAGGGUUCUGGUCGAAUUUAGACCCGACCUGAUAAAGCCUAGGGUUUUAGUCGAAUCUUACACUGUCCUUGCGAUAAGCCGUCCACGUGUCUAAAUACACGUGUUAUCAUCUUAACCGAUCUCCGCCAGUAUCCGCCAACUUCCGUCGCCGCAGAGGAUUUCUAUCCCUCAAGUGAGUGAGCACUCAAGAGUGAGAACUGCGCAUCGACCGUUGUCCGAUUCUGAGACGGAUCUGUACUUAUCCAACUCUAAACUCGACUCGGUUGGAAGCGAAGGAUCAUACUGAAUUACGUUACUGUAGUAGUUCUUCUUUAGCGGAUUUUUUAAACCCUAAACCCGGGCAAUUUUGUAUUAUCUCUUCGUUCCCGCUCGAGCUUUCCAAAUCUGCCAUGCUUUGUUCGCUCUCGUAGACAUUGUAAUCUUCGUCUCUAGAGAUUCAGAUCAUCGUAGGGGAUUGGAUACUUAGGGUUUUAUCCUCCUCUGCAAGGAAGGAUGAUGUACGGGGACCAGCAUCAGCAGCAGCAGCAGCAGCAGCAGCAGCACCAACAGCAACAGCAGCCGCCGCCUCAGCAGCAGCAGCAGCAGCAACAGCAACAGCAACCGCAACCGCAACCGCAACAGGGCGGUGAUUUUCACCGGCCACUUCCCCCAAUGCGACAGCCCUCAGCUUCUUCAACGAAUAUCUCAUCUGAUUAUCAAUACUCCUCGGCUUCUAUGCCCUAUGACUCUCAUGGGGACAGUUUUGCUGCCAAAAGAAUUAGAAAGCUUGUUCAGCGAAGAGCUGUUGAUUAUACUAGCACUGUUGUACGAUAUACACAGACUCGCAUGUGGCAGCGGGACUCAGGGGACAGGACAGCAUUGCAACCUACACCUGCGGCAGCAAUUGAUAUGCUUCCAACUGUUGCCUAUGCAGAUAAUCCAUCUACAAGCUUUGCUGCAAAAUUUGUCCAUGCAUCCACAAAUAAAAAUAAAUGUCCAAUCAAUCAAGUCUUGUGGACUCCUUCAGGGAGACGUCUCAUCACUGGCUCACAAAGCGGUGAAUUUACACUUUGGAAUGGCCAGUCAUUUAAUUUUGAAAUGAUUCUUCAGGCUCAUGAUCAGGCAAUUAGGUCAAUGGUAUGGAGUCACAAUGAGAACUGGAUGGUCAGUGGUGAUGAUGGGGGCUCAAUAAAGUAUUGGCAAACUAACAUGAAUAAUGUGAAGGCUAAUAAAUCUGCUCAUGGAGAAUCAGUUCGUGACCUGAGCUUUUGUAGGACUGAUUUAAAAUUCUGUUCCUGUUCCGAUGACACUACUGUUAAAGUUUGGGACUUUGCCCGAUGCCAAGAGGAGCGUUCUCUAACUGGCCAUGGUUGGGAUGUCAAGAGUGUUGAUUGGCAUCCAACAAAAUCUUUACUAGUUUCAGGUGCCAAGGACAACCUUGUAAAACUUUGGGAUGCAAAAACAGGGAGAGAACUCUGUUCGUUUCAUGGUCACAAAAAUACUGUUCUUUGUGUCAAAUGGAAUCAGAAUGGUAACUGGGUCCUAACUGCUUCAAAGGAUCAAAUUAUCAAGCUCUAUGACAUAAGAGCUAUGAAGGAACUUGAAUCUUUCCGUGGACAUCGCAAGGAUGUGACUGCUUUGGCUUGGCAUCCGUUUCAUGAAGAAUAUUUUGUGAGUGGGAGUUAUGAUGGAUCCAUCUUUCAUUGGCUUGUAGGGCAUGAAACUCCCCAGGUUGAAAUAAAUGGUGCACACGAAAAUAGUGUCUGGGACCUUGCUUGGCAUCCCAUAGGCUAUAUCCUUUGCAGUGGUAGCAAUGAUCACACAACAAGGUUUUGGUGCAGAAAUAGACCAGGAGAUCCUCCCCGUGAUAAAUAUAACAUGGGAUAUGGCCAAGGUUAUGGUGAUCAAAAUCCUGCUUUUGCUGGACGAGCAGUUGGUAAUUUCGCAGUACCUGAUGGCCCAAGUACUCCAGGACCAUUUGCUGCUGGAUUGCCUCGAAAUGAAGGAACUAUUCCUGGUGUCGGGAUUGCAAUGCCACUAUCCAUCCCAUCUCUUGACACAACUGAUCAAGGAGAGCAGAAGCAGCCUCUUCCAGGUUCUUUGCCUGCUGGGGCUCCUCCUCUCCCACCAGGUCCUCAUCCAUCCCUUUUAGCCUCCAGUCAACAAGCAUAUCAACAAAUUCCUCAACAGAUUCCACCACAACUGCAACACCAAGCACUCCCACAGCAAAUGGGCUCGUUGCCACCACCACCCCUAAAUUUAUCACAGCUGCAGCCUCCACUUCAUUUACCUCUGCUUCCCCAUCCUCAUUUAUCUCGUCCUCCCUCAGGUCAGCCACCCCAUGGCAUGGGUUCUACUAUGCCAUCUUCAAUGCCUGGAUCUAUGCCGUUACCCUCGUCAAUGGGUACAUCACUUCCACUGUCAAUGGCUGGUCCAAUGGGGAUGCAGGGUUCAGCUAAUCAGAUGGCCCCUCCAUUACCACAAGGUCACAUUAUGGGUUUGAAUCCAAUGCAUUCUGGUCCCGUUCCUUCCAAUGGUAUACCCCCUCCAAUUGGUGGUUUUGCAAAUGGGAUGACAAAUAUUCAAGGCCCACCCAAUGCUGGUGGGGCGCAAAUGUAUCCAAUGGGUGGUGCGUUCAACCGGAAUCAAGCUGGACAACCUCUGGUUCCAGGACUUAAUGCUUAUCAGUCUGGUAGUUCAAUGGGCUUGGGGUUGCUGGGGCCAAACGUUGGUCAUCCUACUGGUCUCCCUCCACCACCUCCACCUCCACAUGGUUCAACACCUCAAUAGGCUGUUUGUUAUGAUCUGUACUAGAUCGUCCAAAAUCCUGCUGUAUCAUCAGUUUACCAUCAGCGUGGAGAAAAGGAAAAGAAGGCACCAAAUUCUUUCAGUGUUCAGAGGGAAAGAAGAACGAACAUGGAGCGAAUCUGCAAUUCAUGUUAUUCGGUUCAUUUCUCUUUGGUGUAUAUGGGUUUCAGGAUUGUAUUUCAGAUGGCUUCAGUUUAGAAGUAGGAAAGUUAGGUUGGGUUUCUUUCCCGUGAUUUUGGUGGCUUCUUGUAGAGCAUCUUGUCCAUUUUUGAACCAAAAUGUUAUUUAUAAUAUUAUUUAAUAUAAUUCUUAUUUUUCUCUA